GACUGUCCGAGGCUCAGUGCGUACUUAAUCGAUUCGUUCUAUCUGGGCAGGCCCAGCCAACUCAACCCCCCUAUUCCAAUACUAUCUAUUGACCUUAUUUCACUUAAACCAAUUUAAAGCCACCUGAAGAUGCUGAUUACUACCGUCGCCUGGAGCUUCUUUGCCGUCUACGGUCUCUCCCUGGCCCUUCCUUCCCAUCAAUCAAAUGGCAAUUUUCUCGAGAUUCGUGCAUCGAAAGACGUCAAUCCGGACGCCGUUACAGGCACCACUUGCCUAGACAAGAAUGUGAAAAUCGAUAAACACGAUCUGAAUGUCGCCACAUUAGCCAUCUGCGGCGGCAUCCAGGGCGCCAUCCAGAAAUGCGGUGGUGCACCGAAAAGCACCACAGGUCAAUCUGGAACAGCCAAGUUCACCCUUGACCCGACUGUUGCUGGUGCUACAAUCAACGUCUCUAAGGGUCGCUGGGAAGGUUGUAUUCGCGCUGCGCGGGCAACUUGCCCAACAGGCAGCUUUAAAUCAACCUGCAAGGGCGGUGCGAGUGAGGGUGAUAUAGGUUUUACUCUCAAUAGCCCUUAGGUAAUCUUUCCUUUAGGUAGAAAUGCGUUAAUAAGAAU